UUUCGUUUCUUUCGUUUCUUUCUUUCUUUUUCUUUUUCUUUUCUUCAAUCUAUCAACUUCAAAAACACCCAAAAACAACCAAUUCCCUGUUUCGAUCGUCCGUCACUCGCUGCAAUCGUCUGGAGCUAGCUGGAAUCCCCAACCCUCCAACCCUCCACUCAAAACCAUGGUCAAGUCGCAUCUUGAAUUGCUGAUUCGCAAGAAUCUCACGCUCAAGUACCGACGAUGCGGCUGCAUCUUUGAAAUCCUCGUCCCGAUCGUCUUCUUUGCCAUCGCUGCCGGUGUUCGUCAAGCCUUGACCAAUGAGGUCAUUCCCGAAGAGCACUUCCCCGUCAACACCAUUGGCCUCCCUGCGCUCUUGACCUUCCUUGGUGCUGGUGGCCAACAAAUCCGAAUUGCCUAUGCCCCUUCCAACACUUAUACCGACGCUCUCAUGGCUUCUUGGAAUGCCAGCUUGACACCGACGUUGCCGCCAAGUUUGCAAAACUACAACAUCUUCCUACCGUUCCCAAAUUAUGCGGCGAUGGUCGAUGUCGCCCGAGACGUACUAGGUUCCAAAAUCGGCGCCUCCAUCACCUUUGACGACCUGAAUCCCGACGGCUCCUUCAAGGCUGGCAUCUCAUACUCAAUCUCCAUGUGCUCUGAAUGCACCCCUGACACUGAUCGCACGCUUCCGGGACCCGUCGGCGGCGCGAACGGCCCUUGGGAAGAGGUCGUUUACUACAGGAGCGGCUUUUUGACUGUCCAAGCUUCGCUGGACAAUGCCAUCAUUCAGUUCCUGUCGCUUGGCGCGGGCACCAACAUGCCUCUGAACAUUCAGCAAUACCCGUACCCGCAGUACGAGGACAACCGGUUUGGUCGCUCCAUCGGCUUCUUCCUUUCCCUGUUCAUGGUCUUGUCUUGGAUUUACACGGCCUCGAUGGUCGUCAAGGACAUUGUCACCGAAAAGGAGCGCCGCCUUCGCGAGGCUUUGCGCAUGAUGGGCAUCUCUCUCCGCACCGGCUGGGCUGCCUGGGCAAUCACGUCCUUUGGCUUCAUGUUCAUCUCGGUCAUUUUCAUGACCAUCAUUUGCAAGGGCGCGAACAUUACCGAAAACUCUGACGGCGGCCUCAUGUUCAUCUUCUUCCUGAUGGCCGGCACGUCCACGCUGGCCUACUGCUUUUUGGUGUCCACCUUCUUCUCGCGUGCCAACGUCGCUUCGGCCGCUUCUGGCGUUCUGUACUUUAUUCUCUACGUUCCGUACAUGUUCGUCGCUGAUCCCGAGCGCUACGAUGAUCUCACGCGCACUGCCAAGAUGGGCAUUUCGCUUCUCGUGCCUUCUGCGAUCGGCAUUGGCGGCAAGACCAUUUCGCAAUGGGAAGAGCGUGGCAUUGGCGCGACCUGGAGCAACGUGAACGAGUCUGCCUCAACGACCGACUCUUUCUGCAUGGCGGAUGUGUUUGGCAUGUUUGCGAUUGACACGCUGCUCUACCUCGUGCUCACUUGGUACCUCGACAACGUGCGCCCUGGCCGCUACGGUGUGCCCAAGCCCUGGCACUUUUUCCUUCACGCCUCCUACUGGACUGGACGCCAGACUGUUGUACACGCCUCGGCUACCAAACGCACCGAUGAUGGCUCGAUCGAUGCCAUUGAGCCUGCCCCGGAAGGCCUCGUUCCCGGCAUUGACGCCCGCAAUCUUGUCAAGGUCUUUGAUGAAGGCAAAAAGCUGGCCAUCGAUGGUCUCUCCGUCACCAUGUACGAGAACCAGGUCACCUCCCUGCUCGGCCACAAUGGCGCUGGCAAGACCACGCUCAUGUCGAUUCUCACCGGCUUGUACGCGCCGUCCUCUGGCGAUGCCUUUGUCGGCGGCUGCUCUGUUGUUACGGACAUUGAGGGCGUUCGCCGUUCGCUUGGCCUGUGCCCUCAGUUUGACGUCUUGUUUGAUAACCUGACUGUGGCCGAGCACUUGCGCUUCUUCUGCCGCGUCAAAGGCUUGGACGAGAGUGCCGUUGAGGCCGAAGUGGACUCGAUGAUUACCGACCUCAACCUGACCGACAAGCGCAACGAGCCUGCGCGCACGCUCUCUGGCGGCAUGAAGCGUCGUCUGUCCGUCGCCAUCGCGUUUGUGGGUGGAUCCAAGAUUGUCAUGCUCGACGAGCCGACUGCCGGCAUGGACCCUCAUGCCCGCCGCGCGACCUGGGAGCUCAUUCUCAAGCACAAGAAGGGCCGCACGAUCAUUCUCACGACUCACUUUAUGGACGAGGCCGAUCUGCUUGGUGAUCGCGUUGCGAUCAUGGCGCAUGGCCGUGUUCAGUGCGUUGGCUCGUCGCUCUUCCUGAAGGCUCGCUACGGUGUUGGCUACCACAUGAUUGCCGCCAAGGAGCCCCACUGCGACUCUGCUGCUGUGACCAAGCUUGUGCAGUCGUACAUUCCGCACGCCCGUGUCGAAAAUGAUGUUGGUACCGAGCUCAGCUUCAUCCUGCCGCGCGAGUCCGCAACCUCCUUCCCAGCCCUCUUCAACGCCCUGGACGACAACAAGGAAAAGAUUGGCAUUUCGACGUACGGUGUGUCCGUCACCACCAUGGAAGAAGUGUUUUUGCGUGUUGGACACGACGCUGACAAGCAAGAGAGCGCCCACGAUCGCGAGGAGGAAGAGCACAGCGGCCCUCACUCGCUGCCAUCCUCCAUGGCCCCGCUUGGCACUGAUGCUUCCCACGCACAUCUCUCCGCCGCAUCCGCCGGACAUUCCACCAUUGAUUUCUCUGCUGUCGAUGCCGAUACGCGCCCGCGCCACCCGCUCAUCACUGGACCUGCACUUCGCGUUCAGCACCUCAAGGCCAUGUUCUUGAAGCGCGUCAACCACUCUCGCCGCGACAAGCGCGCCAUCAUCUCCCAACUGCUCGUUCCCGUCGUCUUUGCCAUUCUUGCCAUGGGUAUCGGCAAGUCCAUCCCGAGCGCGGGCACGAAGCCUGCAAUCAACUUUAACAUGGCGUCCGUGCUCCCUUCGACUGCUGAGGCGAAUGUGUACUUUAACAGCUCGGAUCCCAGCAAUCCGCUCAACGUCGACUUUAUCACUGAACUGGACACGACUGUUGGUGCCUUGGGUGGCAUUUGGUCUCCGACCAGCAACAUGACGGCAGCCCUGCUCGGAUCGUACAAUGAAGUUCGCAACCGCUUCCUCAGUGUUGGCUCCAUCUCGGUCUUUGUCGGCGUCAGCAACGUGACGGGCGUGCUGCAUUUCGUGCCCGAUGCGAUUCACAUCUUGCCCGCCCUUGUCAACAUGUACGACAGCGCUGCGUUGACAGCCGCCGUUCCCGGCCGCACCAUCCGUGCCCGCAACGUGCCGUUGCCACCCACCCCGCAGGAGCAGGACCUGAACACGCGCAAGGCAGGCAUUGAAUUCACUGUUGCGAUCGAGCUGAUCUUUGGCAUGUCCUUCCUGGCUGGUUCGUUCGUCUCGCUGAUUGUGCAAGAGCGCAUUGUGGAUGCCAAGCACCUCCAAGUCCUUGCUGGUGCUGAUCUCCUCUCCUACUGGCUUGGCUCCUUCCUCUGGGAUUUGAUCAACUUUUGCGUGCCUGUGGUCAUCAUCUGGGUGGUCUUGGCCGUCUUCAACAUGCCUCAGUACACUGGCGACAGCUUUGGAGGCAUUGCCAUGCUCUUCCUGUUCUACGGCUGGGCGGUCAUUCCGUUUGUCUACUGCGUGAGCUUCCUGUUCAACACGACCACGACUGCGUACGUUGUGCUGAUUCUCGUCAACAUUAUUCUCGGUCUCGGCUGCGUGAUUACGACGUGGAUUCUCGAAAUCCUGGAGACGGCUGAAGACGUCAACGACGUUUUGAAGUGGCUCUUCCUCGUCUUCCCCAUUUACGCGUUCGGUCGAGGCACGAUGGAUGUUGGUUACAACUCUGCCCUGUCCAUUGAAUCUGGUGGCUUCCAGCCAAAGCUAAACCCGCUCGACUGGAACGUCGCUGGCCGCAACAUUGUCUUUAUGUUCUUUAUGGGCAUCUUCUUCUUCCUCAUGCUGCUGGCCAUUGAGUACCGCGUGUUCAUGUUUGAUGGCAUCCGCGCACAGCGUCAGCGCAAGAAGCUCAUUGCUCGUCGCGAAAAGCAAGAGCGGCUCGCGCAGGCCAACAACGGCGACACGAUGCAGCUGCUGUCUGCCAAGGAAGACGAAGACGUGCUUGCCGAGCGCAAGCGCGUCCUCGAGGGCAAUUCUGCGAACGGCGAUGUUAUUCGUAUCAUGGAUCUUUCCAAGGUCUACCCUGCGUCGCACGGGCGUAGCAAGGUUGCGGUCGACGGUCUUACUGUCGGUAUCCCCAAGAACCAGUGCUUUGGCCUCCUUGGCGUGAACGGCGCCGGCAAGACGACCACCUUCAAGAUGCUGACUGGCGAGCUCGGCGUGACCUCUGGCGACGCCUUCCUGACUGGCUACUCGAUUCUGUCUGACAUUCUGGAUGCGCGUCGUCGCAUUGGCUACUGCCCGCAGUUUGAUGGUAUUCUCGACAAUCUGACCGGCACCGAGGUCCUCUCGCUGUACGCGCGUCUGCGUGGUUUGGACGAACGCGACAUCCCUCGCAUCGUGAAGGCCUGGGUGGACAAGCUCGAGCUGACUCGCUUUGCAGAGCGCCCGUGCGGCACAUACUCUGGCGGCAACAAGCGCAAGCUGUCCACCGCCGUGGCGCUGAUUGGCGACCCGCCGAUCAUCUUCCUCGACGAGCCGACGACCGGCAUGGAUCCCAAGGCCCGCCGCUUCCUGUGGAAUGUCAUUUCCAACAUUAUGACAGACAACCGCUGCAUUGUGCUCACCUCUCAUUCGAUGGAAGAGUGCGAGGCCUUGUGUACGCGUCUUGGCAUCAUGGUCGGUGGCAAGUUCCGUUGCCUGGGCUCUCCCCAGCACCUCAAGUCCCGCUACGGCACCGGCUAUGAUUUGAUGAUCAAGAUCAAUCCCCGCGCCGACACUGCUCCUGUCAAGACGUUCGUGACCAACACGUUUGGCGAGGGCGGCUGCAAGUUCAUCGAGGAACACAACGGCAUGGUCCGCUACGAGGUCAGCGCUCAAAACCUCAAGCUCGCCAGCGUUUUCGGUGCAAUGGAAGAAAACCGCGCCUCGCUCCAAUUGAUUGAUUACUCGCUCUCCCAAACGAGUCUCGAGCAGAUCUUCUUGUCGUUUGCCUCGCAGACGCACGACGUUGAGCUCGAGUGAUGAGCUCGCUGCUGGGUGGUUCUUGUUCGAGUCCAAGCUUGCAUGCUUUCUAGUUUUUUUUUUGUCUUUUUGUUGACUGCACCAUUCUGUCUUUGAUUUGCCUGUUUUUUCAUUUUUGUUUUUAUAUUCUUUGUGCUCCCCCCCCCCUCCUUCUCCUUUUUGACGACAUGAGAAUUUCGUGCUUCUUCUCUGUGUUGGUGUGUAUUUUUUCUUUCUUCAGUGGGAAUUAUAAAUCUUCCCCACAUAAAUAAGAGUUUUUCCCCCACA